AUGUCUUUAGUACCUUCGGAUCUCCCGGCUUACCUACAAAACGAAAAUACCGCUAAAUUGAUUCUUCAAGCAACGAAGCAAAUGGGUAUUGAUGACCCCGCCCUGCUUAUUCGAUUUGAUAAUAAUGGGUUCAAUGAUACUGCUGUGUUGAAUUGUCGUAACGGUGUUCCCGGACAAACACAAGGUGCUCUUAUCGCCUACAUUGUAGGAAGUGGUGGUGUAAAUUUUAGAGGUCUGAAUAAAUUGUUCUUGUUUAGGAGUUGUUUAGCAAUUAGCCGGUGUCAGUAUGGAUUUCCUCCAUGGGCUCAUCAUCAACCGGGGGUUGCAGAUGUUUGUAUUUCGAUCUGUAGAAUAAGCAAGUUAUCAGCUAAUGGUGGAAUCGACUAUGAACUAUUUGACUAUCCUUUAAAGUUUAAGUAG